AUGACAACCAAACCCCUGUCUGAGCUCUUCGCCGAGCGAGCAGUCGAGCUGCGCGAAUUCAUAUUCUCCAAACCCACUUCCAACUUCACCAAUAAUCCCUGGGCGUUAGCAAAUGCCAUCGAGGAUUUCGCCAAUCAAGUCGGGCAUAUGAUGAUCUUCCGGCAAGCCAAGGUCGAUGUCGCACGUGAGAAACUCCUCACCCAACAACCUGCACCUCGCACGAUUGUCGAAUUCGGCACUUUUGUGGGUAAAUCUGCACUCGCCUGGGGUGCUAUUCUCCGCGAUAUUCACGGCGACAAGGUGCCCGACGAUGUCAACAUCUAUACCUUCGAUCCUGAUCCACAGAUGGUCGCGCUGACCAAAGAUUUUGUGAAGCUGGCCGGUGUUGAGGACUUUGUGCAUGUCCUGGAGGGUCCGGGCUCGGACUGUCUUCGCACACUACAUGCUGAGGGCAAGGUCACGACUGUCGAUAUGGCCUUUUUCGAUCAUUGGGAGAAAUUCUAUCUGUCUGAUUUGAAGCUGGUUGAGGAACUGAAGCUCUGGCGUGUGGGUUCGUUGGCAAUUGCUGAUAACACAGAUUUCCCUGGGGCGCCAGACUAUUUGGCAUAUGUUCGAGCCGGGGGCAAUGGUAUAUCUGGAUCAGUCAAAUAUGAGACCAAGUCUUUUGAAACCAGUGGUAGGAGAGGUGGCCCGAGUAUUGUUGAAAUAAGCACCGUUAUGGCACUCGAGUGA